ACACUACACGGGCAACACCUUCUUCUAAUUAUGUUCUGUGUGAGAGGAUUUCAUCACCAGGGUUCCUGCACCUUGUGCGUGUGUAUAUAAAUAUCUGCUCCCACAGACACAUGGACACACACUGGAGCUAAACGUGCUGGAAUACUUGAAGGGCAGACCGGCUGUGGAACAGGUCAAGAACCCCUGUUGGCCAUGAAGACAACAGGAGUCUUUGUGCUCCUCGCUCUGGCAGUUCUUUGCUUGGCAAAUGCUGACAAAGAGAACGAAGUGGACUGCAGUGAAUACAGGAGAUUAGAGAGAGGAAAACCCAUUUACUGCGAAAGGCUCUAUCAACCCUUCUGCGGCUCUGAUGGAAAAACAUAUAACAACAAAUGUUCUUUCUGCAAAGCAGUCCUGAGAAGUAGAGGUGCCUUACGCGUGAAGCAAGCAGGGGUCUGCUGAAGGAGCUCUGCAUGACAGAGGAGUGCUGAGAACAGCUUCACACUGCCCUACCACAGUCUCUUAAUUGGAUUUCAUUCAUCCUGUCUGUGCUGAUGGUGGCAAACAAAGCAUAAAGUCUGUUUUUCACCUGUGUUCUCUCAUUUGCUGCUUUGCUCCACUCCAAAGUGCUGGGAUCGACACUUCUGUCCUCCCUGAAAAGCACUUCCUUGGGAUUCUCAGGAGCAUUCCUGUUCCUGUAGCAGGAAAGUUGAUUUUACAUGAGCCUUUCAUUAUACAUUGGUCUACAAAGUUAAAGUUCAAAUCUUCUGACGAUGCCACCCAAUCUGAGUGGACACAAGUCAGUGCAGGCAUGGCCUCUCUUCCCCUUGUUGAUAAAGUGUUUUCUUCCAUUUAUCCAGAAAUUUUAGCAGAUACCUUUUUCCAAAGGUUUCAGCUUUCUUAGGUAGUGCUUUGACUCUUCCAGUUUUGUAGGUAAAUUUUAAAUGCUUAUUUUUCCUUUGUGCAAUUCUGAUUCAUUUAUGUUGUUUAGCAUGUUUAUUAAAAUAAACAUUAACUCUUUCGCUUUUG